AUGAGCAGCAUCCCCUUCGAAUCCCUCCCGCUGGACCCGACGGGCUCGCCCGGCAACGCCUGGGGCCGCUUCGGCCGCGACGACCAGCUGGGCACCUUGAAUCUCCUGACCCCGGAAGUGAUCGUGGAAGCAGCCAAGGAGAUCCGGACGGGGGUGCGCAUCUCGCUCGACUGGCCCCUGAGCAUGCCCACUUACCCCAGCUUCGAGCGCGACCCGUUCCAGCAGCAGAUCGUGCACCGGCGGCCCAACUGCAUCAACGAUGAUAUCCUCACCUUUAAUACGCAGGGGUCGACCCAGUGGGAUGGUUUCCGACAUUACGCGCACCAGCAAUCCAAGCGUUUCUACAACGGCCAUACGCAGGAAGAGAUUGAGUCCUCGGAUGUCCUCGGCUUACACGUGGUCACCGAAGCGGGCGGCAUCACGGGCCGCGGCAUUCUGCUCGACUACGCUGGCUGGGCGGACGAGCACGACAUCGCGUUGUCGCCGCUGACGUCGAGCAGCAUCCCCAUCGCGCACCUGACGCAGCUCAUGCACGACCACGCCAUCCGCCCGCGCCCCGCCGACAUCCUUUUCAUCCGCAGCGGGUUCACGCGCGCCUACCACGCCCUCUCCGACGCCGACCGCCACGCCCUCGCCCGCCGACCCUCGCCGGACUUUAUCGGCCUCGAGGCCUCUGAGGCUGCCGUGCGCUGGCUGUGGGAGCACCAGUUCGCCGCCGUGGCGGGCGAUGCGCCAAGCUUCGAGCGCGCCCCCAUCCGCGGCGCCCACGCCGACAAGCGGUUCAACCUGCAUGAGUGGGUGUUGGCCGGGUGGGGCUGUCCCAUCGGCGAGCUGUUCGAUCUUGAGCGCUUGGCCGCGCAUUGUCGGGAGACUGGGCGAUACGAAUUCUUCUUGGCGAGUGUGCCGUUGAAGGUUGUUGGGGGAGUGGCAACUCCGCCGAACUCGGUGGCUAUUUUCUGAUGCGAGGGGAAGGAUGGACAUGGGUUCCUUCUUUGGGCUACUGCUUGAACGCGCAACGUGAGUUCCAAGCGUCUAUUGUCAUGAUCGUGCAUGUGAAUAUUAGAUCUUAUGGAUAUAUGAAAGGAGUGCAAGGGAAUGCAG